UUCCUCAUUCCUGAAACCUCCUAACCUGGUUGACUCGUUGGAGUGCAUUUCAUGCAUUCUUAGCAGAUAGGCUGAAGGAAACGCCUCAUUCAGUGCAGCUGGAGGCUAGAAAGUGUGAGGAGUUCAUGAACGUCUUCUGCAGUCGCUGCGGUGCACACAGAGCUGGCUGGGCCCAGGAAGGAUCCCGACCUGCUGGACACAACAUGAGUGUCCCUCAUCUGGAAAAUCUGACUGACAGUGAGUUAAGGUGAAGCAACUAAUUGCUCUUAGAAGUCUUUUUGUUUUGGAGAUCUGUGCUGAGAGCGAUUAAGGGACUGUUGGUCAUUGAAAAUGGAAGAAACAAGGAAGCUUUCCCCAAAGCUGAGUAAAAGCAAAGAGCCUGUGAAAACAGAAUGGGGAUCUCAGAGUGUGGUGUUCACCUAUUUCCAAGGGGACAUUAACAGCAUGGUAGAUGAACAUUUUUCUAGAGCUCUCAGCAAUGUCAAGAACCCCCAAGACCUGAGCACAAAGCACAGGGGUGAGACUGUUGUCCUGAAAAACGUAGACAACAUGUCUCCCCAUCAGUGGAAUUUCUCUUCGCAUUGCUACAAACCAUAUCCAUCAUCAUCUUCAACAAGCAUGGCAACUUCUGCUCUGAAUUUUUCUGCUGCUGGUGCAGUAGGCCAGUGCCAGCCAUCGCCUCUGCGGAGUCGUCCAGCUCAACCUGCAGAUUUAUGGCCCUUCCCUCCAACUGGGACUCCCAGUGUCACUGGUGCAGGGUAUCCUCACACCCUCCCUGACCUGCAUGCAGCCGAUGAGCUGAUCUCUGACAGGAAAUACAGUUCUCUUCUUGGCCUUCUGCAACAGGAAAGGUGCUUAACAUCCAUGCAAGAAUGCACCAUGAAGCAACACUCAAAUUCUGCUUGUAUGACUGGACCUGCAAGGUUACAAAAUAUGAGUCAAAGUUCAGCUCCUGGGGGAGAGAGGAAAGGAAGCUCUUACCAAGGCUCAGAAAAUCCCAGUGUAAGCCAUGCCGCUGCAGGUAUUCAGAUUCAUGACAGAAGACGAGAUUUGUACUUCUAGCAACUGAAUGUUUCUACUUUAUUCUGAAAGAGAAAGUUAUUUCUGUGAACUUUUAUUAUUUGCAACUGUGAAUCAAGAAGAAAUGAACUGCAGCUAUCCUGUGUUUUUUCUCUCAGCUGGAAGAAUACAUGUACUAUUUACUGUUUGGGGAAUGACAAAAUAAUCCUUUCUAUACAGUAAUUUCUAUGCAAUGAUUUCUAAUGUUUGAGGUAUUAACCUGGGCAGUAUGUUUGUUAUGGCCAUAUAUUGUCUAUUUAAGACCUUUCAUGUAGUCCUCUUGAAAGGACUCCUGCCCUUUUUAAUCUUUCUAUGUUUAUUAAUUUACCACUCCUGAUAAGAAGAGCAAUUCUUAUCAAUGCAGUUGAUAACCCAUAAAUGCAGGGAUGCAGUUAACAUAAUUUCAAUGCUGGACCUUCUCAGCUUGAUUUGAUAUCUCCAUAUUGUUUAAAACAGUCUUAGGCCACUGGCAAGAGACUUCAACCACAGGCUAGCAAAGCACAUUAUUUAUGCUGCGAAAGUGCUGCAAUUUAUGACCAUAUUUGCAAUUCCUAGGGAUACUCUUCAGAAGUAUAUAAUAUACUUAUGCCUGAAGGCUCUGUUUUGUCCUCUCACUAAUGUAUCAUCAUCCUCUAGAAAGCAGUGAAUUCAUAGGAGCUCUGAGAGGAAACCUUGGUUCUCAUUGGGUGCAAUUAAAAUACCAUUCAGCAAAAAUCUGCGGGUUAGGAGUGUUCUAUUUUCCCAGCCUCUCUGCAGAUGUAAGAGAUUCCUUUUGUAAAUAAGCUCUGUGGGUUUAUCUUUUCCUUCUCCAUUGGUUAUACAUUAACAUAAUAUAAUAGAGCAUGAUUAGCUUUUUCUGACAGCUCUAUGUAGUUGCUGAAGGCAGUUUGACCUUUGAGAUGGAAGAGCCUGUGAUUUUUAUAGGACAAAUCCUGAACUGGUAUAAAUGUUUAUGACUGUUAUAUCACAUAUCUCUGCUGCUACAGCUCCAGUUAUAACACCUUGUGUAAUUUUAUAAAUAAUAUGAGUUUAACAGCAUCAGGAGUUUAUGGUACUAAUUCACAAACUGAGAUUUUUUUAAAGGAUUUAUUUUUUUAAUUUUACAAGUUUGCUCUAGCAGUUACAUAUUCUACAUCAAUCUGAGAUCACAAGGGGAACUGUUUUAACUAAACUAAUGAAAGAUACACCAAUGUCCUGUCUCGCUAUAGAUAAGCACUGAAAAAACCCCACUCCUUUUUAAUAUUCCUACAAAAAAUCCCUUUCUUCUCUUUUAAAAAUAUUUGUCCAAGUAGUUUUGUUAUCCCAACUCAUUUAAUUACCUGAUUUUAAGGCUACAUGGUAAUAUAAUUUGACUUCCUCUAUGAACCAUAGCAAAGAUUUCCUACCUGUAUCAUGUAAAUCUGUCCUACUGGCAUAUGCUAUAAUUCUAUUGAAUUAUAAUUCUAUUACUUAAAAAUAUUCAAAUUUUUUUCCUUCCUCUUCCAUCCCUUCCAAAGGACAAUGCUUAUUUAAUUUCCCUGCAAGGUCUGAAAAGAUAGUCUAUUUAAAUGGUCUUAAAUGUAGUGUUUCCCUUGGGGGGCUGGGAAUAUACAAGAUUACUUAUAAAACCCUUGUUUCUGGUGAAUCAGACAAGUGGAGUUGGACAGUGUGGGGGGGAAAACCCUUGUUUUUAAAUGUAUGUCCCUUAUUGCAAGAACAGGGAGGCAUCAAUGGCUCUGCCUUGACAGGGUCAUGUUGAGCCAUUGCUGCACGGUUUGUGUCCUCAUUGUGCAGCUGUCUGGCAGACGUGGGGAAAGGGAACAAGUGUCCAAAUAGCCCAAAGGUCCCUGGACCCCUUGCCAGCGCAGGCUGCACACCAGGCACGCAGGUGCUUGCUCGCUGCCCUGGCUUUCAGAGGAAUGGGGAUGGAAUAGAGGGCUGCGGCCCAGAGGCUCUGCUACUCUGGCAUCUUGUCUAACACCAUCACAGCACCAUGCACCAGAGUGGGCCCGGGUUUAUGGCGUCUCACUGCUCUUCUGCAAUAAACAUAGUUAACCCAUCACUGCAAUUUGCCUUUAAUGAUUUAGUAUAAGAGAGUUUUGAACAUUUCACAGCAGUUUCCUACAUCAGGUAGGCUUCUCUUUAUACAUGUAUAGAUUAAAACAAUAUAGAUACACAUACAGGCUCCUCUAGAAUAUUGUUUGUCUGGAGUGGAGUGUUUCUUGCAUUCAGGAUGUUCAAGCCCAGCAUGUUGCUGUGUUCCUGUGCUUCCCUGCUGCUGUCAUGCUCCAAUGACUGCCUUCACUCCCAUUCGGCACGUACUCUCCUUACGGGCCAGGACUUGGCAACUAGUAUCUGUAUCCAGCAGCUGCCAUCUGGUGUAGCAUCCCAUGAGCUCUCCCCCCUGGGUCAAUCCCCUCAGCCUUGGAAACAUUAGCCACUUACCAUAGAGUCAUCCCUACCAAGGGGAAAAACAAUCUCCCCCAUGGACUUGGUGUUCCCACUUCCUCGGGUUUCUCCUUCCCUGUCACUGGCUUGGCAUCCCAGGUGGCCACCCCGCUUCCCCUGAGGCCAGGCCCCUCUGGCCAGCCCUCAGCCCUGCUCCCCACCCCUUCCUCUUCAUAAGCUCCUGCUCCACGCAGUUCAUCCUCUUUUCCCUGGGUUUGUCCUUUAGCAACCGUGUUCAAAAAGUGUGUGGGUGGGGCUCUUGGGGCUGUGGUUUAAUGGUGAACACAGUGAUGCUGGUUAAUGGUUGGAUUUGAUGAUCUGGGAGGUCUUUCCAACCAUAAUGAUUGUAUGAUUUUCUAUUAAUUUACUGACCCUGUGAGAAACCGCUACUUUCCUUGAAUUGGGCGUCCUCUUAUCCAGGAAUAACUUGUUUGCACAGGUAGCUUUUCUCCUGUCUUUUUCUGAUGGACAGAUGAGAUGCCAACUACAUGCUUUAUGAGCUCUGGUCAGAGAUGAAUGCGUCUCUGAGAUGCAUUAGUCUCAGAGAUUGAAGUCAAGCGCUGGACAUACCUGCCCUGUGUGGAGUCUAGGCCUUUUUUUACUCAGCUGCAGGAAUGGGUGUGCAUUUUUUCCACCAUCUGUGUCCUAGGACACAGACACUUGAGAGGUGCCUUGCUCUGACUCCUCGCAUGAGCUGGCUCUGGUCCACCUCUGAUGGUCAGAAAAACCUUGUGGGUGGCUGGGAGCAGCAAGCUGGUUUAGCUACUCCACCCUGCUUUAGUCACUCAUUAGCAGUGUUAAAAAUAGCCCCAGACUGCGGUGACAAACAAGAGAGAUUCUUUUGCUGUGAAAGAAUAACCUAAAGUGUUACAUAUAUUUAAAAAAAAAAUAGGAAUGCUCAUCGCUUUCAAAGGGAACAUGAGCUUUCAUUUGCUUUCAUUUCUGUUCAGGCGUCAAUUAAUUUGUGUCAUCCCAGGUGAGCAAGGGACACCUCAUGUACCCAUGUGGCAUGUAGCCUUUGGCAAGCACUCACUCGUCACUGGAAUUUUUUACUGUCUUGUGGUUUUUAAUCCCAUUUUCUUGCAGGCUUUACCAAGUAUGAUC